ACUUGGCCAAUAAAGAAUUCCAUUCCCCUUUCCCUUUCCUUCCCAUUUCUCUUUCCCUUUCCUUUCCCAUUCUUCCUCUCCUUUUCCUUUCUCUUUCUCUUUUCCAUUUCCCUUUCCCUUUCCCAUUUCUCUUUCCCUCCCUUCCCCUCCUUUCCCUUUCCCUUCCCAUUUCUCUUUCCCUUCCCUUUCCCAUUCUUCCUCUCCUUUUCCUUUCUCUUUCUCUUUUCCAUUUCCCUUUCCUUCCCAUUUCUCUUUCCCUCCCUUCUCCUCCUUUCCCUUUCUCUUCCCAUUUCUCUUUCUCUUCUCUUCCCUUCCUCUUUCUUCCCCUCCUUUCCCUUUCCCAUUUCCCUUUCCUUCCCAUUUCUCUUUCCCUCCCUUCCCAUCCUUUCCCUUUUCCUUCCCAUUUCUUUCUUUUUCCUUUCCCAUUCUUCCCCUCCUUUCCCUUUCCCUUUCCCUCCCUUCCCCUCCUUUCCGUUCCCAUUUCUCUUUCCCUUCCCUUUCCCAUUCUUCCUCUCCUUUUCCUUUCUCUUUCUCUUUCCCAUUUCCCUUUCCUUCCCAUUUCUCUUUCCCUUUCCUUCCCUUUCUUCCCCUCCUUUCCCUUUUCCCUUUUCCCUUCCAUUGCAUAUCAAAAAAAAUACUGGGCUUCGGUCCUGGGAAUCUCUCGGCACCUUGGGAGUUGUAAUCCAGCGCGAUUCCCGGCGGGCGCCUGGUUAGAUUCAUGCGCUCUGGGGAGAGACGUGGCAGGGUAGCUUUCCCCGAGUCUCCACCCCUCCAAGCUUGGCUCUGCGGUCACUUCCUGCAGCUGUUCGCAUCUGUGUCCGGUUAUGCUACGCCCUCCCCGGUCUCAGCCUCCCUCUCUCCUCGGCUAUACGGGCAACGGGGCUGGGGAGAUGGGAAGAAAGAGCCGGAGGUGCUGCUGAGCCUUGCCAAACGGAGCGCGAUCCGCGUCCAGGAGGCGAGGCUGACGCCCUCGCAUCUAUCUCCCUCUCCGCUUCCAGCUCGCAGAAAGCCGUCGCGAUCCGAAGCCGCCUUUGGGUUCCGAAGAAAGAAUGCUAGAAGCUCUGUCAGCCAAUGAUUCUUUUGCAGCGCGCUGGGUUCCCUCCUCUUCCUCUUCCUGAAACGCCCCCAUCUCUUCCUAUGUCAGUGGCCACCAGGCCUACAGCCACCUUGCGACUUUCUCCACCGAAACCACUGGGACCGGGGCCAUCCUUGCCACUUGCACAAGAUGAGGAACUCGCCACGAGGGGGGAGCAAGACCCCUUGCUGGAGGAACUCUGCAAGCCAUUGUGCUGUAGGCUUUGCAACGUCACCCUGAACUCUGCCCAACAAGCCCAGGCCCACUACCAGGGUAAAAACCACAGUAAGAAACUUCGGAACUACUAUGCUGCCAACAGCUGCCCAGCUCCUGCCCGAGUGAGUAACUCUCUUGAGCCAGCUACUCAUCCGAUGGUGUCUCUUGCACCCCAGGGGUCCUCCCCGAAACCUGGAGGGCGAGUGAUCUUGGCCACGGAGAACGAUUAUUGCAAACUGUGUGAUGCGUCGUUUUCUUCGCCAGCGGUGGCUCAGGCUCACUACCAGGGCAAGAAUCACGCCAAGAGGCUGCGCCUGGCCGAGGCACAGAACAACUCGUUCUUAGAGUCACCCGAAGUGGCCAGCAAGAGGAAAGCGCGAAAAGAAGGGAAUGAAUUCAAGAUGAUGCAGAACAGAAGGAAUGUUUAUGCGGUGCAAAAUAACACAGGCCCUUAUUUCAACCCACGUUCCCGUCAGCGGAUACCUCGUGACCUCGCCAUGUGUGUCACCCCCAGCGGCCAGUUCUACUGCUCCAUGUGCAACGCCGGGGCCAGCGAAGAAGUGGAAUUCCGGCAGCAUUUGGAGAGCAAGCAACACAAGAGCAAAGUCUCCGAACAGCGGUAUAAGAACGAGAUGGAGAAUCUCGGCUACGUCCAAUGAGACUCGGUCCCUGAUAGCCGCUCUUCUUCUGUUUUUUGGACUUUUCCCUAUGUAGGGAGCAGCUUCUGCUUGCUUGCCUGCCACUGCCCUGCAUCUGUGCUCUGUGCCUUAGGAGGCCUGCUCCCCAGCUCUCUCCGUGCUUCUCAAAAACUCGCAAAACCUAUCCGUGAAGUCGAUGAAUUUCAGUCAGAAGACAAAGAAAAGCGGGGUCACGCUCCCAGUUGGCAGGAAUGCGUGCCACAGGAUAUUGGAUGUUGAUGUGUUCGGUCCAUUAGCUGCCUUUGAAGGAGAACCUACCCCUUUCACUGGUCCCCUGCCCUUCCCCUUGCAUGAGUGAGCUUUGCUUGAGAAGGUAGCGUGAAGGGUUCAUCCCCUCUCUCUCUCUCUCUUUUUUUUUGCUGUGCAUCGUGCCACUUUUGCAUAUGGUGACUUGGUGAAACAAAUGACAAAGGGUCAGCUUAAGGUAUCACCUAUCUGGGGAACACUUCCAAUUCCUCCUCCCAGUGGUGGUGUUCAGCCGGUUCUAUCCGGUUCGGGCAAACCGGUAGCGGAGGCUGCGGGAGGCUCCGCCCACCCACCCCAGACAUCAUCACAUCCCGUUUUUGACACGCAUGCGCAGAAGGUCCUGCGCAUGCGUAGAGGUGUCGCGCACGAGCAAAGCGAGCGCAGACGCUCUCAUGUGCAAACCGGUAGCGAAGGUAAGUGAAUACCACCCCUGCCUCCUCCCUGGUGAAAUCCCACAAUCUCUAGUUGUAGAGCAGUUUGGUAGGGGUAGGGGAGUAGAGACAGGAGAGGCCUCUGUGGCUAGGCAGAGUGAUAAGAACUGGGCGAAUUGAACCAGUAGGGACUCAGCUGCUAUUAAAAAAGUAAGCGGGGGGAGGGGAAGGAAAAAUGUAGUGCACUGACUGACCCCUUGAGUGAGUCUUGGAAAGAGAGAGAGAGUCUCGGGAUUUAAAUUCUUUUUAAAUCAAUGUCUUUUUCUUUUUUUAAAGGCCCAUCCAGAAGCCAAGCGAAUGAUGCGUUGUUUUAAUAAAUAGCAAACGGAUGCUAUGCCCUGGUGAGGUCUGAAGCAUUUUCAAGACAGGCGCUGCACUGGAAAAGGCUUCCGGCUUCAACUCGGUAGCAUCCGGUUCCUCUACAUCAGGGGUGUCAAACUCAAGGGCCGCAGGUUAGAUCUGGCCCACAGGGGGGGGGCUUAGAUCUGGCCCACGGGGCCGCCCUGGAAACAGUGAAGGAGCGUCCCGCGGUGUUUCGGCCAGCGAAAACGGAGCUUGGAAGGGCCGCACGUGGCCCUCCUGAGCUCCGUUUUUGCUGGCAGAGGGUUGCAGGAGGCCGUUGCAGCCAAAAACGGAGCUCAGGAGCCCGUUUUUUCUGGCAGAGCACUAAGGCCACCACAGGCACCCCCGACACUAGUGAUGUAAAGCUGGCCACGCCCACCCUGGCCACACCCACACCCACCCACCCCGAGGUCAAACACAAUCCUGAUGCGGCCCUCAAUGAAAUCGAGCUUGAAACCCCUGCUCUACAUACUCGAGUUGCUGUAACUCCUUGCAAAAUAAUAAUACUUUUUUAUUAUUGGGGAGGGAAGAUCCAGUGCUGGGUUCGAAACCUAAUUCAAGUAUGCUUGGGUGCAGUACGUUAGAAUGAAUGAGAGAAUUUCCUUUCCCUAAAUUGGGGCUUUUUUUUUUAUCUGUUGGAAUUGCCUCCAAGGUGAUGUUGACUUGCGUACUUUGAACGAAAUAGGAAAAGCCGUUCUCAAAUUAUUUUGAAAUAGCUGGUGUCUUUUCCCAUCCUCAUACUUUCUACCAUUAAUUGGUCUUUUUUUUUUUUUUAAUGCUUCCCAUUUUGGGGCAAAACAGUCACAAUCAGUCCUGGCAUUCUUGAUUUGAGAACAAAAAUCUGAAAAUGAAUUCUUUUUCUUUGUACUGUGCUGUAUUGUUUCAGUUAGAUCUAGUGAUCUCUAGAAUUCUGCUUUCUGACGCAAGUGCUCCCUUUAAAGCACAUCUUAGACCGGAAUGGGCAGCUAUGGCUCCUUUAUAUCACCUUCAGACUUCAACUCCCAGAAUUCCUGGCUCAAGAAUUCUGGGAGUUGAAGUCCAGAGGUCAUAAAGCCGCCAUAGUUUGCUACCUAGACAAAUGCAUAGGUACUAUGCAUGAAUAUGUAUGCUGUCUUUGUGAACUUCUAACCCAAAUCAAGUGAAGCUGCUCUCAUUAGAAGUCUCCGUCUUUCUCUGGAGGUUGACCAUGUAGAGAUGGUCACCAACUCCUAUCUUGGGCAUGCUUGCAGGAAUCAUAUUUCCUGGCAAUCUUAACUGUUAAAAGGAAUUGGUGUUCUUUCUCUCUUUUUUAAUAUGCUCGCGUGGUGUUCGGGCGACAACAAUGCAGCAUUCCACCACAAGACCAACGUGAUGCAAUGGGUACCUUUUUGUUUUUAACAUUUCAUUUGUAACCUUCUGAGUUUUAAGCUUUGGGAAAGUUGCCUUUCCAGUUCUCCUAAAAUUAGUCUUUAGAGAUGGAUGCUACGGUUCUCCACCCCAGCCCUAUGCGAUCCAGGUGGGUUGGACUUCAGUUCCUAUAAUUCCACUACCAAGUGGUGGGAUUCAACCGGUUCGCACCACUUCGGCGGAACCGGAUGUUUAAUUGCUGACUGGCCCCUCCCCUUCCCGCCCCUCCCAUUCCAGAAGUUCCCCUGUGGUCCGUUUUUGUUCCCAGGAGGCUGCAGGGAGGCCUACUAGACCCAAAACGGGGCACUGGGGGGCAGUGUGCCCCCCACGGCCUAUUUUUGCUCCCAGGGGUUGCAGGAGGGCGAGUGCUGCCUGUCACACCCCUUGGCCGCACCCAACAUGGCCACACCCACCCAGCCGGUCAUUAGGGCAGAGAACCAGUUGUUAAAUUAUUUGAAUCCCACCACUGCCACUACCACAUACGAGAGUCGUAAACUCGGCACUUCUGAAGGCACUAACAAGGAUUUAAUCCUUUGCUAGGUUCAAUCCUACUAUUAGAGGUUUCAUUUAUAAGUGGGAGAAAAGACUAGAUUUGAAGGUAAAGGACAUAUCCAUGCAAAGAAAUAAAAAAAAACCUGAGAUACUUAAGACAGGUUGAGAUGGAGGAGUGCCUAAUUAUUGUUUGUCCUAUAACUCAGCUGAUGAUUUCACUGAGGACAGUACAGAUCUAUCAAAAAUCCAAAUGGAGUAUGAAGGACAUAUUAGCUCUUACCAUAGAAGAGAAUAUCUUUAGCUCAGGGUGAACUGUGGAAUCCUUGGGUCUCUCUGAGCUCGCAGGAUUUCUUGCAGACCUUUCAUUACCCAACGAGAUAUCAUCAUCAGUACUAACAUCAACUGAGAGCAAACCCUUCUAGCACUGAUGAUGCAAGAAAACACAUUCAGAGAACAUCAAGGACUCCACAUCAGCUCUUGAAGGUAAAGGAUUGGUAUCUUUUUGGUGUAAAUCUUCAGCCUGUUCGGAAGUUUGUAGACUUAAUGAAUGAUUAUAAACCCUAAGAGAUGACAAUUGGAAAGGGGAAACAAAGGAAACGAAAUAUUUAUCAAAGUUGUCUCACUGGCCAGUAGAUUGAUUUUUUUUUUUGUACGUGUGCUGCUACUAAUCUGUAUAUUUUUGUAUUUAUUUUGAUCAUGCUGACCAUUAAUAAGCUCACAAAUAUUUAAGGUGUUAUCUUAUGGGUUUUAUUUUAUUUUUUUGGUUCGCUUUGUUAACUUUGAAAACACCCAUAUCAUUACCUUUUGAAAAGUUAUUUAUUAUGUUUCUAGAAAUGUGUUUUCUUUUGACCUUUCUAUGUAUUGUUUUGUUCUUAAAUGAUUAUGCAAUCAUUGGAAUUGAGUGGCCAAGCAAAUGCUAUGCGGUAACAUCAAUCUUUGAUUGUUUUAUGACUAUGAUGCUACUUAGGAUCUGUAGCUUUGUCUCUGUAGAACAUUGGAGCAUUAUUUUUAUUGCAACAUUGCCAUUUUCUUAUGAGUCUAUCCGACCUGGCUCACAUAUCACACUAAGCCAUGUUUUGUUAAUAACCCACAACUGAGUUCUUGUAUCAUGCUAAGCCAAACAAUUAUGGUUUACUAACCAAAGCAGUUGGUCUAAGGAUGGCAGUGAGUGAUGGUUUUUCUGGAGGAUAGUUACGGUAUUUUAAACAAAGGGUCAAAUCAUUAAGAUCUUGAGUUUAAAUUUUCUCCCAAGAUGAGCAAUGUUUCCGUAUAGCUUGUUACCAGUUCAGACAUAAC